AUGGUCCACGCCGACGCAUCCAACUUCGCCAACGGCGUCACCAAGGAGGAGGCCUACGAGCAGGUCCUCCUCCAGGCGGAAGGUCUGUUCUACGAGCAAAGAAACUGGGUACGUCUGGUACGUCAAGCUGCCCAAAAUCUCACCAUACUCAGUAACAUCUUAACUCACCUAACCAAACACAGCAACCUCUCCAACACGGCCUCCCUCCUCUGGCACGCCUACCACUCCCUCCCGGCGCCCUCCACCUCCGUCAACUGGGUCGGCUUCUACGUCCUCGACCCCAAGGCGCCCGCCUCCAAGCCCGCGCUCAUCCUCGGGCCCUUCCAGGGCAAGGUGGCCUGCCAGACGAUUCCCUUCGGCCGCGGCGUCUGCGGCGCCGCCGCCGCGACCCUGCAGACGCAGCUCGUGCCCGACGUCGACGCGUUCCCGGGCCACAUCGCCUGCGACGGGGAUAGCAAGAGCGAGAUCGUCGUGCCCGUCGUCGUGGACGGGAAGUUGGUCGCCAUCAUCGACGUGGACUGCGCGCUGGCGGACGGCUUCGACGAGGUGGACCGCGUCUGGCUGGAGAAGCUGGCUGCGCUGCUGGCGGCGAGCAGUGACUGGUGA